CGACUGAUUUCGAUUUUCGAGAGAAAAAAAUAACGAAAUCGAUUCGAAUAAAAAAUAAAAAUCAUAUGACUUGGGUCAGGGCGUAACACGAAAUUAGAGGAUACAUGUGUGUGUGUGUAUACAAUACUCAUUUUGUGUGCUCCAAAAAAUUAUAUUUUCAUCUUUUAUUUAUAACAAAUAAUAAUAAAUAAAUAAAUUAGUUGUUAAAAUGGCGUGUUGUGGACCAAAACUUUCUCUCUUUGGUAUUAUAAUAUCUUCAUGGGGCAUUGUUCAAUUGGGCCUUAUGGGAUUUUUCUUUUACAUAAAUAGUGUUGCACUAUUUGAAGAUUUGGCCAUGGAUGAAAAUGAACCCAUUGGCAAACCAUCAGAAUUUUAUCACAAGGUUGAUUCAUCUUAUCAAAGUAAUGCAUACAACUGUUGGAUUGCAGCAUGUCUUUACAUUUUAACAUUGGUUCUAUCAACUCAACAAUUUUUUGCAAAUUCAAGAUCUUCAUUGAAUGUUUAAAGACAUCAAAAAAAAAUAAUCAUAAUAACAUGAAUAUAUAUUUAUAUAAAUAGUUGUGAAUUUAAAAUAAAAUCAUUGUUUAAAGUUGAAAUUAAAUAUUAAAAAAAAAAAAUAAUUAAAACUUUGUAGAUUGAUUUCUUUAAUUAAAAAAACAAUAAUUAUAUAUAUAUAGGUAUACUAAAAUAAUGAUUAUGAUGAUGAAAAACAUUAUCAAAAACAUUCCACAAGUUAUAAAAAUAAAUAGUUGUUAAAAUAAUAAAAAACUAAUAUUCUAUUAUGAAAUAACAAUAAUUAUAUUGUAUAGAAAUAUAGAAUGUAGUUGUGUAUUAUUGUAUAAAAAUUAUUAUAAUAUUGAAUAAAAUUUAAUAAAAUAUAUGUACCUAUA